AUAUAUAAUGCAACAAGUGAGAAAUGCAGAACAGAAACAAGGUAAGGCAUUUUAAGUAAUGAGCACUGUUCACUUUCGGUGAUUCUCCUCAUCAUAACCAUCUUCGUGUAAAAACAGUGGUAUUUCAAUUGCAUCCACUUCGUCUGCGAUAAAGAACGCGAACGCGAUCUCUUCCAUUGCUGACGUUUGCAGUCCACAACACAGCGAGAUUCAGGAAGUGUCCGGCUUGCCUGCACUUUUUUCACUCCUCCCCUCACUGCAGCCGCCUACUCUCACCUACAUUUCAGGCGAGGCAAGGCGCAUCUCAAACAAGCCUACUAUCUAUCUAUCUAUCUAUCAAGCACGCUGUUGUUACGUAACGGAAACUGUAAUGUGCGCUCUUGCGUAAUGACACUAGCUGUCCGCGUGCUCCCGCCGCUGCACGCUCCCGCCAGCCCGAGCAUGCGCAGUAGCGCCGUUCGAUGUCCGCCAUUGAGAGACACACGAUCUGUGAAACGGGUCAGAAGCACUGACACAGACGACACGACCGUUUCUACAUUCCCCGAGCCCUCAAAUUUGACGGUUGCCUUUUAUUUUAACUGAACAUCUUUUUUUACAUCCCGUUUUCCUUGCUGACACCGCUUUUUGUCUGUCGUGAGAGGCGUCUAUGGACCCGCACAGUCUCGUGCGGAUAUUUUAGUUGCCGUACAGGGCGAACAGCGCGUGUGUCCCACAGCUCAAACCGAGCCUGGCUCUGUUCUCGGGGCCAGUGUGCCUGCAGCAGCUCCGCGUUUGAUGGAUCCAAGAAUCGCCUGGUUUCAGCCAGAACAGCGCGGACCCGCCAACAACCUGUGGAUGCACAUCUGGGAAACGACACAGACGCUGGGAAACCUCUACUUUAACAACAACUGCAACACAGCCAACGCCAAACUGACAAACAGCAGCAGCAGCGAGCCCAAGGACCAUCAGGGGAUGUCUGGAUCCAAACCCGACAGUGAGGUCGCCGAACAGCACGACUUCAUCCCGCUCGAGACCCUUAACAACAAUAACAGCAGCAGCCGGGUGAGCAAGGGUGUUGGCGGAGGAGGUCAACUGGGUGUCACCGCGGUAGCAGGAGUGGGCAGAGGGUACCCACACAAGAGGAAAAGAGACAAUAAGGCGAGUACCUACGACUUUAACAGGAGUCUGCUGCUGACAGCGGGCUCACAGGAGAUCUUUACGGGCACGCCGUGGAAGAGCAGAAACUACUCCGAUGGCGUCGUAGGGCUGCAUGAGGAGAUAAAGGACUUUUAUGAGUACAUUUCUCCUCGUCCAGAGGAGGAGCACAUGAGGCAGGAGGUGGUGGACAGGAUCGAGAAAGUCAUCAAGGACCUGUGGCCCAAUGCCGAGGUUCAAGUGUUUGGCAGCUUCAGCACAGGGUUGUAUUUACCUACAAGUGAUAUAGACUUGGUGGUUUUUGGUAACUGGGAGACUUUGCCCCUCUGGACUUUGGAAGAGGCACUACGCAAGAGACGAGUUGCAGAUGAGAAUACUGUCAAAGUUCUGGACAAAGCAACGGUCCCUAUUAUCAAGCUGACAGACUUGCACACAGAGGUCAAAGUGGACAUUAGCUUUAAUGUACGUAGUGGUGUGAAUGCUGCAAACCUCAUCAAAGAAUUCAAACAGCGAUUCCCCGUGUUACCGUAUCUGGUGCUGGUUUUGAAACAGUUUUUACUGCAGAGAGAGCUGAAUGAAGUUUUCACCGGAGGAAUUGGAUCAUACAGUUUAUUCCUCAUGGCUGUCAGCUUCUUACAGAUGCACUACCGAGAGGAUGUAUGUAGUCCAAACUCAAAUCUGGGUGUGCUGCUGAUUGAGUUUUUUGAGCUGUAUGGUCGGCAUUUUAACUACCUGAAGACGGGGAUCAGGAUCAAAGAUGGUGGCUCAUAUGUGGCCAAAGAUGAAGUGCAUAAAGGCAUGCUAGAUGGGUACAGACCCUCUAUGCUUUACAUUGAGGAUCCUGUGCAGCCAGAAAACGAUGUCGGGCGAAGUUCGUAUGGGGCGAUGCAGGUGAAAGACGCUUUUGAUUAUGCUUACGUUGUCUUAAGUCAUGCUGUAUCCCCUAUCACCAAGUACUAUCCUAACAACAAGUCGGAGAGCAUUCUAGGUAGAAUAAUACGUGUCACUCAGGAAGUGGCAGAGUACCGUGACUGGAUCAGUGAACACUGGGGUCAGCAGAGCAACAGUGAGCCUGUCCUCUACUGUAAUGGAAAUGAUGUUACACUCAAAUCACUUGAGCCUAAGGAACUUGAUGAGUGUAAUAAUAACCUUUCAGAAGAAGUUAUGAUGCUUCCUCCAGUUCCCCGGAGCAAAGUGUCAUCUAACUCCUCCUCUCCUCCCCCAUCUUCACCUUCAUCACCAUCAUCAUCCCAAUCCUCAAUGACUUCUAGUUCAAGUGAUGCAGACUCUGAUGGAACACCCUAUAAGACGGUGAAAGCGAUGGGUGGGCGGAGCUCCAGCUCUUACAAUGAGAAUACUGAGAGGAAUCUGUCCAAUCACAGAUCACAGAAUCAUUCACCGACAAUGCCCAUCCCAACUAAUAAGGGCAGUAAGAGUCGACAACGUGCAAAGAAAAGUACUCAAGCACCACAGAACAACCCCAACAAGAUCCAGCAAAACAGCAAGCCUCAUCACAAAGCCCAUAUAAAGAGGAAACCUCAGCGUGAGGUAGCGCACCAGGACCAGUGUAGAUAGGGGAAGCUGUUCUUGCAUUCUCACACCUGCUCUUACCAUCUUUGACCACAGAUGGGUGCUGAUGGCAUCAUUUAUCUCUCCGGUCCCCAUUGUUCAAGGGAAGUGUGUGACUGUAGCUGGAAAAGAACAAAACAAAACAAACAAAUCAAAAAAAUAAUUCAAAUGGGGUGUAGACCACAUGUGGCAGAGUUUAGGCCUGUACUCCUGGCUUCUGCACAGCUUCUGCUCACUGCUCAUGGGGGG